CAAAAAAGGCUACUAAUUAUCAUUUUAUCACAGCCUCCAUCAAGAAAGUGAUCAAAGUUCCUCUUUUGACCCUUCGUUCUUCCUUCCACGAUCCUUCUCAUCAAACCCCAAAUCAUGAAAAGUUGAAAAGCCUUUCUCAAAUCUCAACUACUGAGUGCGUAAUCACAGCGAUCUGCCAUCACUCUGGGUGGUUUUCUUGAUGCCCUUAUGGGUGCUUGCUGGAGUAAUAGGAUUAAGGCUGUGAGUCCUUCCAAUACAGGGUUCACUUCUAGAAGUGUCAGCCGGAGUGGCAAUGACGUCGGCUCUAAUAGCAGGAACUCAUCAGCCUCCAUAUCCGUCACUUCUCGAAGUGAGGGUGAGAUCUUGCAAUCUUCCAACCUGAAAAGCUUCAGCUAUAAUGAGCUGAGAGCAGCCACAAGAAAUUUCCGCCCAGAUAGUGUCUUGGGGGAGGGUGGCUUUGGUUCAGUAUUUAAGGGCUGGAUUGAUGAGCAUUCACUUGCUGCUACUAAACCGGGAAUAGGCAUGAUUGUUGCUGUGAAGAGGCUUAACCAAGAUGGGUUCCAGGGUCACAAAGAAUGGUUGACUGAAAUCAACUAUCUCGGGCAACUGCAGCAUCCUAACCUUGUUAAGUUAGUAGGAUACUGCUUUGAGGAUGAGCAUAGACUUCUGGUUUAUGAAUUUAUGCCCAAGGGUAGCAUGGAAAAUCAUCUGUUCAGAAGAGGUUCUUACUUUCAGCCAUUCUCUUGGAGUUUGCGAAUGAAAAUAGCCCUUGGGGCUGCAAAGGGCCUUGCUUUUCUUCAUAGUACAGAACCUAAAGUCAUAUACCGUGACUUUAAAACUUCGAAUAUCCUACUUGAUACAAACUAUAAUGCCAAACUUUCGGAUUUUGGGUUGGCUAGAGAUGGUCCAACUGGUGAUAAAAGUCAUGUCUCUACUAGAGUCAUGGGAACCCGUGGAUAUGCAGCACCAGAGUAUCUAGCAACAGGUCAUCUUACUGCCAAGAGUGACGUAUAUAGUUUUGGAGUAGUUCUUCUGGAAAUGAUAUCUGGAAGAAGAGCUAUAGACAAGAACCAGCCACCUGGAGAGCAUAACCUUGUUGACUGGGCCAAGCCUUACCUAUCCAACAAACGAAGAGUUUUUCGUGUGAUGGAUCCACGCCUGGAAGGUCAAUAUUCACACAGUCGAGCUCAAGCAGCAGCUGCGCUGGCUAUGCAAUGUCUUGCUACGGAGCCUAAGUGCAGGCCAAAUAUGGAUGAGGUGGUAAAAGCAUUGGAGCAGCUUCAGGAUUCAAAGGACAUGCAGAGAAAAGGUGCUGCUGAUCAUAAACAGCAUCACGUACGCAAUUCUGGCCUCGGCCGUUCCAACGGUGGCAAUGGUGGUGCAGAUGUGCCCAGAAAGCCUUCUGCUUAUCCUAGACCUUCUGCUGCUCUCCUUAGGUGAGAGGAUUUUGUGACAGGGCAAGUAGUAAGCAGAACACAAGAUUCAGAGGUUUAGGUGUGGCAUGAACCAUGUUUAUGCAAGAAAUGUAUAGUUAGUUUGUGUUAUUUCUGUUAUAUUUUGUGCUAUAUAUAAAUUUUUUCUUCUUGUGGUCCUUUUUGUUAGACAUGUAAGAGUCUAAUAUGGAUCCUUAAAGGUGUUCAUUAAUUUCGAACCCUGUAAAAAACUGCAACAAUGUGGCUGAUGCUUUACAUUUUCAUCUUUUGCUUUUAAUAUGUAAAAAAGUCAUCAUCAUUGUUGACUCCCUGACUUCCAUGAUU